AAAAAAAUAAAUGAGGCUAAAAACCCAUGAAGCUUUUUCUAUAUAUAUAAAUAAUCUCUAUCUGUCUCUCCGAUCUAUCGAUCUCUCGACUAAUUCUUCAAUCGGUGAAUUUCUAGAUACAUUCAUAAGCUCCGGAAUUUGUUCAUGAUAACAAGAAGGGAGGAGUAUGGGCCAAAGAAAUAUGCCAUGCACUAGUCAGAUGAUUGAUUUAGAAAUGGAUCAGCAAAACCAAGGCUACAUGCUUCGUGAGCCAUGUGUCGUUAUGGGUGGUGUCCCAAGCUUCCCACAGCCUAUGCAAACUAUGGUAAGAGCUUCAGGGAACACAUCUAGUCUUGAUGCUCAUCAGCGCUAUGAUGGCACUAUGCUCUAUGGAAUGCCACAUUACCCUGGUGUUCAUCAUCAUCAUGCUGCAAAUUUUGAUCUUGUUGCGUCUACUGCAUCCAACUUAUAUGUACCUUAUAUGCCAAACCCUUCAUCUGGCAUGCCAAUAAAUCAUGGGUCCUCAGAUCAUUUGCCAUCUUCGAGCAAUUUUGGAGUCAUUGGAUUUUCUGCAGAUGAAUAUGGAAGGAACAGCCACUAUAUGGAUCAUGUCAGAGGUUCAUACAAGAGAAAGAACACUGAAGUUAUUCCUGGGAGUUUCCAGUAUAUUAAUGCCCCAGCUAGCUCUAGUUUGCCAGUUGCUCCAUCAAAUACUAGACUUCCUGAUGGAGUAGCUCCAGUGGAUGCUGCAUCUUUUCCUGUACCUCAGUUCAGAGGGAGUGGCAAUCCACCGAUCAGGGAUAUAGAAUCUCAAAGAAGUGUGAGAAACAGAUCAGGGGCAACCGCAAUGGAUCCUGUUCUGGCACAUAGCCAUAACCACUUUUUUCAAGGGAACUAUAUUGGUCAGCCCUUUCAACCGAAUGGCUCUCUCUGGUUGGACCAACACAGUGAUGGUGGUGCUUCAGCCUGGACUCAGGCUCCUAAUGUACCUUAUAUGCAUGGUGGCAAUCUCAGCAGCACUUCUAUGGAAUCUGGGAACAUGGUUUUACAACGAUUUCCUGAGACAGCUGGCAGCAGAAGUUCCUCGACUUUCCUGCAUACUCCACCUGUCAACAUCCAACAUCACAGUUUUCAUAGCCUAUCACCACCUAUUCAAGGUGCCAGAAGCCACAAUAUAAAUGUUCACCCUCAAGUAGCAGCAGCAGCAGCAGCAGCUUCAUAUAGAGGUCCAUCAAAUUAUGUUGCACACAAUGGAAUGAAUCCUUCCCCACAGGAUGGUUUGGAGAUGAUGCCAAGGCCUGUUGGACCUGUUCCACCUACUGGAAUUAGGCUGUACUGGUCUCAACGAGGACCCAUGCCUGAGGCAACUUUAAGACAACGCAACCUACCUCACCUGAGAGUUUUGCCAUCUGAUGGAGUAGCUAUGCUGGAGAUGCCAGAUUUUUAUGAAGUAGGGAAUUUAAUUGACCAUCAUAGAGAUAUGCGCCUGGAUAUAGAAGACAUGUCUUAUGAAGAGCUUCUUGCAUUGGGAGAACGGAUAGGCAAUGUAAAUACUGGGUUGUCAGAGGAAGCUGUCACAAGUAAAUUAAAGAUAAGAACUUAUAUAUCAACUAAAACUGAUGUCAACCUGGAAGCGCCAGCAUCGAUGGAUCAGGAAUCUGAUUCUUGCAUCAUAUGCCAGGAAGGGUAUAAGAGUCAAGAAAAGAUUGGAACUCUUGAUUGUGGACAUGAGUACCAUGAAGAAUGCUUGAAGAAGUGGCUAUAUCUGAAGAAUGUCUGUCCCAUCUGUAAAUCGGAGGCAUUGGCCACUAAAACAAAGGUUGCAUAAAAAUGGGACAAGUAAAAGGGUAUACAAAGGGCGGAAAUCCUGAGGCAAAAGUUUGAGAAAUGGUGUGUUUGUCUUUUCUACUGAUCUUAUUUAUAUAACAAAGUGUAUUUUGUGAUGUAAUUUGUACAUGUACUUGCAUAUAUCUGGCUAACAGUCACAAUGACUUAAUCAUUUAUUUGUUGCUCCUGUAUUUAUGAAAAAAAACUGUAUAUACUUUCUUGUUUUGCA